UCAGAAUGUUUCAAGAACCUGACUACAGAGAAAACUUAUCAUUGAUGUUAUCAGAGGUUUUACAUGACAUUGGUGUCAAUGAAAGAAUUGUGAUGAGAAGGAGAAGACAAUUCAUGCUGGAAGAGACUAAUGGUAAUAUCUCAAACAGUUUAACUGAUAUAAAUGGAACUGAAUAUCUCCUAGGGAGCCAAAGUGAAGGUACAACUACAAUAGGACUUCAUUCAGACAUUGAUAUGCUCUGCUGUUUGCAUAAUUACAAUAUAAUACAAGACUACUCAGAGUGGGAACCUGACAAGAGAAACUACCUCAUGAUACAGGAUGUGAACACUACUCCUGGGUAUUGUUUCUUACAACGACUCAGAAAUGAUGAACCUCUUCCUGCAACUGUCACUCCUUGUGAACAUCAUAUUACUGAUAGAAGAGGAAGAAUAUUGUUUAAAAACACAGUGAUAAAUGAUUCUGUUCAGGGUGAUGAGCACCAGCAUGGACCUUCUAUUGUUCAACCUGGAUUACAUGAUACAGACAGAGUGUUAGCUUUACCAUGUAAAUCAUGGCCUCAAUCAGCAUCAGGUUGGUUAGAUAGACAGGGUAUUGGCAGAUGGCCAACACAAGAGGUGAGAAGAUAUGCAGCCAGUACUGGGUGUCUUGUUGUUCCAACUGGUAGUAAGGUCAGUGAAUAUCCUGAACUGGAAUGGAGAAUAUCUACAUCAUUUGCAGAAAGAUGUGUUAUGUUUAAUCUAAAUAUAACACAAAUAAGGUGCUAUGUACUAUUGAAAAUGAUUCUAAAGUCCUUCCUUAAUCCUCAAGAUGAAAUCAACAUAUCAAGUUUCAUGUGUAAAACAGUUCUAUUACAUUGUAUAGAAAACACAGAGUCAGGAAUAUGGAAAGAUAACAAUUUAUAUACAUGUUUAACAUACUGCUUAUUGGAAUUACACAGUUGUGUACAGAAUUCCUGUUGUUCACAUUUCAUUAUACCAGAAAAUAAUUUGAUGGCAGGGCAAUUCACAGCUGAGACAAAACAUGAACUUUCAAAAAACAUUUGUGAUUUUAUACAGAAUGAUAGACAACGGUUACUUAGUAUUGAUAUUGAUGAUCUUGGUCAUAGACUUCAAGUUAAACUGAACAGGGUACCGAAUGGAAAUUACUAUUUUCCGUGUUAUGAACAACCUUUGACCUUGGAAUAUAUAAACAUUGCAAACUGCAUAAGUAUACAGAAUGAGCAUAUUUUAAAACAUUUACACAAUAAAAACAUUAGAACAAUAAAGCAAUCCUUAAGUAAACUAAUGACCUUCAGUGACAAUGGUAAUAGAUUAGAACAUGCUGCAUUCAAGCUUCUAGCACCUUUUCUUUUUACCACUUACGGAUCUAUCCUAGCAUCAUCCAGCAUCGGAGAAAACAAUCAAGUGUCACCUCAAGCAUUGGUUUGGUUAUCAGCUGGUUUAAACUCAGAUAUCUCAUCUAGCAGACUUAAACUGGCUUCACUUUUCUACAGUACAGGAAAUAUGGAGAGAGCUGAAUUAAUUCUGAGACACACAGAACAACAAUAUUUUUCCUAUCCUGUUUUACCUAUCUGUGGCUGUCGUUAUCAGGUCCCAGAAGCAGUAACAGAAGGAUUCAAGAGGAUAUGUAGUGAACAAAAUGAGGACUGUAUCAAACAUAUAAUAGGAUUUUGCGUCAGAUUUAUACAGAAAGAGAUCAAUUGUGUUCCUCAUGAACUGCAAUAUGAAAUGUUCAGAUCUACACAAGAUGACAUGAUACACAGAGAUGAAUAUAAAGACUGUUGGAUGGACUGGGCUGUAGUUGAUUCUCUAGCUUUCUUAUACUUCCUACAAUACAAGAUAUAUCGUCAUCUACAAAGAUAUCAAGAUCAACAACAAGCACUUUGUAAACUAAUAAGAGCCAUAGAAACAGAUAAAAACCUCAGGCAUAGAGAAACAGCUCUUAACAUCUUAGGGCAAUGUAUGGAACAAGAAAACAGACAUCAAGUAGCAUUAAACUGCUACAUACUUUCUCUUCAACAAAGGGCAAGAAACAAUGUAGCAAACAUCCAUAUAUGUAAGCUCCUUUCUGGCUUAAUGGUUAGCCAAUAAACCUGGACACAAAAGAGAAGUAUGAAGACUAGUUUUCAAUGAUCAUAUUCUGCUUGUCUGUACCAAACUGAUUCAAAUAUCAGUAGAUAGGACUGUCAUCACACUUUUUAUUACAUAUUAUUUUGAUAUAUCAUUAAAACAUGUGAAACUGAAAGAAUUAAUCCAACUUCAUUCAUUUGAAUAUCUGACUUA